AUGCGAAUUGGACAAUGUUUCCGCGUUGAAAGCCUGUUCAAACUUGGAGGUAUUAAGCUUGAGGUCACCGACGAAGAAGUUCUUGCAUCCAUGAAUCCGUCGCCGGCAACCAUGCCGCUUAAAAUUCGUAAACGUCUGACUCUUCCGGCGAAACUUACAGAAAGGAACGGAGGAAAAUCGCGUGUAGAAGUAAAUGGAAUUUCUCCAGUGAAGACAAAUUUAGACUCCAGAAAUGAUGACGUUCUGUCACCUUCUCCAACGUCUUUUGGAAGAAUUUUGAACUCUAACAAUUCUCGGACGCCGUCAAAAACUAAUGGUGAUGGCUUAUAUGACUUAAAAACAACGGCCAGCGACGAUCGUCAAUCACCAAAAAUCGUCACAAAUGAUCAUGGAGAUCAUCUAAAUGUUCCUUCGUUAAAUUCUUCGAGUGCUCGAUCGUUGGUCAAAUCACCCGGAAUUCCGGGUCGAUUCUUGUCCCGAACGCCGCCAAUUGCUGAAAGUAAUUCCCAGGCAUCACCGAAGAUGACAAGGACCAAAUCAGGUGGUACGACGGGGGAUACGAAAGUUCGUUCACAAGUAAAACCGAUAUCCGUCCCUCUCACAAAACCUUUAAAAACCUCACCAAAACAAGAUAACAUUGGGGAAAGUAACCAGGAGUCAAACAACGGGUCCCGACAGUCAAAUGUGCUAAAUGCCGUUCUUGCACUGAUCGAUGAACUUGGUGAGAAGGAAUUACAGACAGUUCAACGCAAAUUACAACUAGCGAUGUUAAAUCGUCAGGGUCAACCGGGAAAUAAAUGA